UACAUAUAUGUUAAGAAGUAGUCAGAGCUAAAUAUAUGCCAGUUCUGUUUUAUAAACACCAAAGAACAUGUGUGGUCCUGUUUCAAACCAUACUGGCAACUGAAAAUAGUUUUUAAGUGCUUGAAACUGAAGAUAUAUAGCAUAAAUUUUGUAUGUAGUAAAAUUAGGAGCAAAAAUAUAAUUAAUGUUCUACUAUUUACUAAGUGUCAACAGAAAAGUAAAAAGAUAUUCAAAACAAAAUGUCAAUUUUAAACAACAAACCAUUACUAAAUAAAUUUUUGAACAAUCAUAAUUUUCAAGAAGGAUCAAAUAUCAUGUCGUUAUCUUCUACUGUUAAUAAUUAUAUAGAUGAUUGUGAAGAUAUUUGGAUGAAUGACAUGGAAGAAGAUAGUAUAAGUUCUGAGUACAGUUCUGAGCCUGUUAUAUGUCAUAUAAAAGAGAGACAAAUAACAAAUCAACAACCAUGGAAUACAGAGGAAAUUAUUUUAGCUCUAUCUGAUCUUCCAGCAGGAAAGCAUGCACUUUCUGUUAUUCCUACCUUGCAUGGAGAUAUUUUGGAUAAAGUUUUACAUGAAUUUUUAAACAUUGAUGAUAGCAAAUUAUCAGUGAAUAUUCAAAAAACUGCUACAUCUUCAUUUUCAACUGGAUGUAUACAAAAUACGUUAUUGAAUAUUGAAAAUGAAGCAGCUUUAAACACAACUGCACUACAACUUUUCCUAAGAUGGCCAAAUACUUGUCUCCUAGUUUCUUGUUAUUUAAGUCAUGUAAAUGUGGUCAAAGCUUUACUAAAAAGUAAAAAUGCAAUUAUUUCAGCUAGAGAUAGUGAUGGCAGGACACCAUUACAUUUAGCUGCUUGUACAGCUUCGUUAACAAUUUUGGAAGAAUUACUGAAACAUGGAGCAAAUCCAUGUGAAUGGGAUUUUGGUAAAAAAUAUACACCUUUGCAUUAUGCUGCUGCUACUGGAGACCUUGCUUGUGUUAAAUGUUUAAUAAAAUCACAAGCAGAUGUAAAUGCUGGAAUACAUGGAAAAAGCCCUCUUUACUAUGCUGUAUUAAAUAAUGCAGCAGAUUGUGUCAAAGCUUUAUUAGAAGCAGGUGCCUCUCCUAACAACCCACAGGUUUACACAGAAACACCAUUGCAUGUAGCAGCUGGUUUGGGUUCUGUUAUGUGCACAAAACUAUUGUUAACUUAUGGAGCAGAUGUGAGAUUUCGGUUUGGUUCUAUGAAAUCUACACCAUUACAUCUAGCAGCUGAAGAAGGUAGUGCUGAAUGUACAAAGUUGCUAUUAGAUGCUGGGGCAGAAUGCGAAGCAAAAAAUGCAAGGGGACAAACACCAAUGCACUUAGCAGUUUUGUCUCAAUCUAUGGAAACAUUAGAUGUGCUUCUGAAUAUUGGAGCAAAAGUUAACAUCGAAGACAAUGAUGGCCGUACUCCAUUACAUGCUGCAGUUACAAAAUCUGCUAGAGGAAUCGAAUUGGUGAAAAUUUUAUUACAGGCUGGUGCUUUAGUCAACAAAGCAGACAAAUUUGGUUAUACACCUUUACAUAUUGCAGCAUUAAAUGAAAAUUCACCAACAGUAAUAAUGUUACUGUCAAAAGGAGCAGAUCUCACUGCUAGAACAAAGGGUGGUAUAUCUGCAUUAAGUUUUAUUGUGCGCAGAACUCCAGAUGUAUUACCACGAUUUAUCUCACGCUUGGAUCAAGCAAUUUCUUUACAUGAUCAUGAGUUAGGUGAUGUUGAUUGUGAAUUAAGAUUAGAUUUUAGACCAUUAGUGUCAGGUGGCAGAGGAGAAACAAAUUUGAUGCUAUGUUUGGUGGAAUCUGGACAAAGACAUAUAUUGAAACAUCCUCUGUGUGAGAGUUUCCUUUAUUUAAAAUGGUUAAGAAUUCGCAAAUUUUUCUUAUUAAGUUUGAUAUUCCAUUCCAUAUUUGUUGCAUUUUUUACGGCAUAUAUUGUAGUUGAAAAAUUCAGAGGAAUAGUUUUUUGGCCAGUACUAAUAUUUACUAUCACAAUAGCUGGUAAAGAACUUUUUCAAAUGGCUCAUGGUAUAUGCAGUUAUAUUAAAAGAUGGGAAAAUUGGCUUCAAUGGAGUGUUGUAUUACUAUCAAGUAUUGUAUUAAAUAUGCCAAAACAUUGUCCUGGAUGGCAAUGUCAUGGUUGGCAACAUCAUGUAGCUGCUGUGAGUAUUUUAUUAAUUUGGAUAGUAUUAAUGAUGGUGGUUGGAAAAUUUCCAAUGUUUGGCCUUUAUAUCCAAAUGUUUACUCAAGUAUCAAUUAACUUUUUUAAAUUUCUUGGUGCCUACAUAUUUCUUAUAAUAGGGUUUUCUUUAGGUUUCAAUGUAUUACUUAAAAAUGAUUCAUUUAAAUAUCCAUUAAUUGCUUUGUUGAAAAGUAUUGUGAUGAUGUCUGGAGAAUUAGAAUUUGAAGAUAUAUUCAUUAGUACAGAAGCACCAAUUGAAUAUUCUGGUACUGCGCACUUCAUGUUUCUAAGUUUUGUCAUUUUAGUAACAGUAAUUUUGGCAAAUUUAAUGAUGGGUCUUGCAGUGUCAGAUAUACAAGAAUUAAGAAGAUGUGCUGGAUUGGAUGGAUUAGUACGCAGAGCAGAAUUAGUAGCACACUUGGAACACAUGUUAUUUUCCAAACUUUUAGACCAUGCACCAAAUGCUAUAAUGAAAGCAUGCAGACGGGGUGCGCUUCUGUUACAUCCACCUCAUUAUUGUGCAAUUUAUAUUCGUCCUAAUGACCCCCGUGAGAAACGUUUACCACAAGAAUUAAUAAAAGCUAUCUAUCGCUUAGUAAUUGAAAGAAAACAUAAGAAUGUGAAAACAAAAGGAACAUCAAUAUAUAAUGCAUAUAAUAUAGGAAUGGAUACUUCUAGAUUAAAUCGACUUUAUAGUAGUACUUCCACUGAUAAUAAUCAACAAUUGAAUGAAUUAGCUGCAGAACUAAAAAGAUGUUCUUUCAAUAUUGCUACACGUUUGGAUAUGUUAACUAAUAGAGUCGAAAGUAUUGUACGAGAGAGUAAUAACUCACAUCAGAGCAUGCAUCCCAAACCUACUACAAAUUUCAUAUUUAAUUGCAAUAUUUGGAACAUUACUGUGAAACUGUUGUUUGUUACUAUUAUCAAUGUUUCAAUACCUGCAUUUUUCGCACAGUACAAUAACGUGUUGCUGCAAUGUGUUGCCAAGCUCCUAUGCUUGAAAGCAAUGACAGAGCACAGAGGUAUGUCUUUUUACAAUUCUUGUAUAAAAGUUCCAGUAGAUCCUUACAGUGGGCAACCAAUUCCUUCUUAUGAACGCAUUGGAUCUAAAAAAGAUAAAGAAGAUAAUAAUCUUUAUAAUAAACAUAAAAUAAAUCUUAUGAAAGGUGAUCAACUUAUUAGUGAAUCUGGAAUAUCAAGUCCUACAGAAAUUAUGGACAACUUUUUAGAAUUUUUGGACAGUAUACCAAACUAUGAUCAAGUUUAUCAUUUAUCAAAUGAGCAGUUUAAGCAAAAAGUUGAUUACUUAAAAAGGAAACAAAAAUUAUUGUUGAAAAAUUUACAAAAUUCAUUGAUCGAUCAUGAAAAUGCAAAUGUGCCUAAAUUUUCUGUACCUAAAUAUAAUAAAAAAUUAAGGAUUAAAAGUAAGAAUGAAAUUAAUGAUUUAACAUUAAAUGGCAAAAAGUGUUACUUAGAAGAAUCUCGAACUCCUAGUCCUUUACUUUUUCUUUCUAGUAAAUUUAAUGAACUCUCAGAAGAUCAGGAUCUUUUGACAAAUAGUAGAAGAUAUGAAGAAAAUGGAACAGUAUGUAAGAAAAAGAUAUAUUUGAAUAAUAAAAAUUGGAGCACAUGGAAUAGAUUAAGUAGCAAUGAUAAUAUUGAAAGUGAUACAGACAGUAUAGAAACAAGAAGUUUGCCUGCCAAUAUUGCAAAGGAAUGGCACCCUACCGUACCUAAGCCAUUUAGUUUUACUGUACGAGAAGAAGCAGGAAAAUAUAUGGCACAUACUGGAAUGGAGGAACAAAAAUGUAAAAAUUUAAAAAGUAAUAAGAAAAGUCUGCGUAGAAAACGACGUGUGAGACCAAUUCCGCUAACGUCAAAAAUUCCACUUUAUGACAAAUUAUUGGCUGAAAAGGAAGAACGGAGUCGUAUAAUCCGUGAAGAAAGUGCGUUAAAUUUAAUGUCUCAGGUACGUCCUUUUAGGCUCGAAUGUGAUCGUCGAGCUUGGCGAUUUUUAGCAAGAUCUAGCCCAGAAAUUCGUAGCAAAAGUGUUAACAUGAAUACGAAGUUUAAGGCUAAACCAGUACCAAAGAAUCUUUUCAGCACAGAAAUAUACGACCGUAUGCUCGAAGACGAAUAUUACAGGCAGUUACAAAAACAGUUAAGAGCAGCGCAAUUAAUGAAGUCAUCGUCUUUACCGCCAUCAAUGGCUAGACGAGAACGCGUUAAAUCUGCGUGCACACGUUUACAGAACACAGUUAAAAAUUGCAACGAAGACGUUAAGGAUAAGAAUGUUUCGCAACUGUCAGAUAAUAAUUUAACGCCACUAGAAACACAUAAACCAACGAUGCCUAUUUUGCCAAUACGAGGAAAUAAUUUAGCAGCAAUUUUAAGAUGUCAAGUAUCACGAGAAAAAUUGGAACGUGAAAUAAGGGAAAAAAUGGAAGAAAGACGUCGAGAACAAACAGCAAAAAUUAGACAAUCUUUGAUUGGACGUAAUCCAGUAUGGCGAGCUUUGAGAUCUGCUGCGAGGCACGAGCACGAAAGAGAUCUUAGUAUUCGAACUUUACUCCGUCGCGAUGAAGCGCGUGAACAAGAGGAACGUCAUCGAUUGCAGAUGGAAAUGAUGCUGGAUCGCGUAACACAAAUACCAACACUUUUUGAACGUCAUUCUCAGAGUUAUCAGUCGUUGACACAAGGACAACAGAAUGUUAGUUGUUCAAAAAUGUUGCAACAAAAGAAAAAGAAAAAGCAAUAUAGACAAGCAUUGAAUACUGUAAAUUCGUAUAUAAAUUACGAAAACAUUUCUAGAUCGGAUUCCGGAUCCUCAACUAGUUCGUCGCAUACUUUCUUAUCAGCGAGUCAGUCUUUAAAUUCAUCUAAUACGUCUAUAUCGCAAUCAUCUGAAAAGUCGAUAACUAAAUCUCAAGUUUCACUUUCGAAAAGAAAAGGAGAUCGUAGUCAAUUGAAAGUCUCUAUAAAUGAAACCGCAGAGCUGAUCGAAGAUAAAAAUAAAAACGAUAAAUUAUGUGAUAAUGAAUGUUUAAUCUCUAACGAUGAUCGGAAUGAAAAUGCGACACAGAGCAACAAAUAUAAUACAGAGAGAAGGUUAUCAGGUGUUCAUUAAGCAAUUUGACAACUAUUAAUUGGAAUUAAUCGUAAUCAGAUGGUGACUGAAAACCUUAAAGUGAUUACAUACAUGUAUAAUAUAAGAGGAACAUGUACGGGAAACAUAUGUCUUUUUUCUUUAUCUUUAUAUUUCUUCACGUAUUUUACACUCUAUUUAAACAAAAAAUAAAAUCAGUAAAAAUUUAUUUCAAUGUUAUUAGGAAACAGAUUGAAACGGUACGAACUAUACGAUACAAAUAAUUAGACUUAUGUAUAAUCUUAAUACAAUAUUUAUAGCAGAAAAAGAAUUUAUAAAUAAAGCGCUUUGAAAUUA